AUGACUUCGAAUCUUUCCCCAGAAGAGCGAAGGGUCAUUUUUACUCGGCACGUUGACGUUAUAAAUUUUACCGACCCCAACCCCUUGUUAGACCUUGGUAAAUUGUCCUUUCCAGCAUGGAGGAAUGCAUUGAUCGAAUCUUUCGUCGAGGAUAAAAAGACGAAGGAUCCCAAUUCGUUCCUGCCACCGCGGUCGCGACUGGAAAAGAUGAUCCGGGACAAGGCAACAAUUGAUGCUGACCCCGGCGUCAUUUUGGACGUACCAGAGGGCUACAAGGGAACUCCGGCAUCGUACAAGAAUGAGUUGAAGUACGGACGCGCCGUUGAGGGUGGCAGGCUUCUGGAGAAGUAUGUACCGAAAGGGGGAGAUAAAGACAAGGUGGAAUGGAAGCUAGUAGUACCAGGCGAGGAGUUUUGGGCUCUCUUCGCAGAGAGACAUUUGCCUAGCCACGUUGGCAGGGACAAAUGUUUUUUAAGCGUAGGCUCAAAAAAGUAUCUCCCCAAGAGGACCAUUGGGGCAAUGAUAGUUGGCUGUUGUAGUACUUGUAGGGGAAGAAAAAAGGGAAAGAGGGAGCUGCCAGUCGAAGGAGAUGUUGAAGAAGGGCCAGCCGCCAAAAGACGCAUGGAGGUCAGUCAAUUUGACCAAGCCCUUCCUCUUCCCGCUUUUGCGGGUGAGAUUGGGCCUGGUUUCGUCUCCCCUCCCCGCUAUCUAUUGACCAGCCCUUGCCCGGCUCUCUACCCUCCUGGUCUCUCUAACCCUGAUGUCGGCGGAUCGGAUAUCAAUGGUGAGAACCGGCAAUUCCAUGAGUAUCCCAGCUCAUUUGAAAAUGAGGAACUCUAUGGCGGUGAAAUUGAUAAUUCACUUAACGUUGCCGCUUCUUCUGCCUAUCCGACUCCACCUUCAUCUUCUUCCCUUCCUCCUACUUCGGAUUCUUUCUCGUCUGUUAAUACUAGUUUUGAGGAAUUGUUGUCAGCGGAUGAUUUUGCCUGGUUGAGUAAUCUUGACGAAUCUUUUGUCAAUUUUUAA